AUGGACAAUGGAAUGCUCUCUAGAUUUAUCAUGACCAAAACCCUCCUCGCCUUCUGCAUUUCCAUGACGUUAUCCAGUCACUUUGGCUUUUCGCAAAUGCCAACCAGUUCUGUACAAGACGAGACCAAUGACAACAUCACAAUAUUCACCAGGAUCUUGGACGGGCUCUUGGACGGCUAUGACAACAGACUGCGGCCUGGGCUGGGAGAGCGAAUCACGCAGGUGCGAACGGACAUCUAUGUUACCAGCUUUGGCCCAGUGUCUGACACGGAAAUGGAAUAUACUAUUGAUGUGUUUUUCCGGCAAAGCUGGAAAGAUGAAAGGCUGAGGUUUAAAGGGCCCAUGCAACGCCUCCCUCUCAACAAUCUUCUUGCCAGCAAAAUCUGGACACCAGACACAUUCUUCCACAAUGGGAAGAAGUCCAUUGCACACAAUAUGACGACACCCAACAAGCUGCUGAGGCUGGAGGAUGACGGCACGCUUCUCUACACCAUGCGCCUGACUAUCUCUGCUGAGUGCCCAAUGCAGCUCGAGGACUUCCCGAUGGACGCCCACGCUUGUCCCCUGAAAUUUGGCAGUUAUGCUUACCCUAAUUCUGAAGUUGUCUAUGUUUGGACCAACGGCUCCACCAAGUCUGUGGUGGUAGCAGAAGAUGGCUCCAGACUCAACCAGUACCACCUCAUGGGGCAGACAGUAGGCACUGAGAACAUCAGCACCAGCACAGGUGAAUAUACAAUCAUGACUGCUCAUUUCCACCUGAAGAGGAAGAUCGGGUACUUUGUCAUCCAGACCUACCUUCCCUGCAUCAUGACUGUCAUCUUAUCCCAGGUGUCUUUUUGGCUAAAUCGAGAAUCUGUCCCAGCUAGGACAGUUUUCGGAGUGACCACAGUGCUGACCAUGACAACACUCAGCAUCAGUGCCCGGAAUUCGCUGCCCAAAGUGGCAUAUGCCACAGCCAUGGACUGGUUCAUUGCUGUCUGCUAUGCAUUUGUCUUCUCUGCUCUCAUUGAGUUUGCCACAGUCAACUACUUUACAAAAAGAGGAUGGGCUUGGGAUGGCAAGAAGGCCCUGGAAGCAGCUAAAAUCAAGAAAAAAGAACGUGAACUUAUACUAAAUAAGUCAACAAAUGCUUUUACAACUGGGAAGUUGACCCAUCCUCCAAAUAUCCCAAAAGAGCAGCCUCCAGCUGGGACUGGGAAUGCAUCCACAGUCUCUAUCAAAGCGUCUGAAGAGAAGGCUUCGGAGAGUAAAAAGACGUACAACAGCAUCAGCAGGAUUGACAAAAUGUCCCGGAUUGUGUUCCCCAUCUUGUUUGGCACUUUCAACUUAGUUUACUGGGCAACAUAUUUGAAUAGAGAGCCUGUGAUAAAAGGGGCCACCUCUCCAAAGUAA